AUGACAGCAGCAUGCCUUCGAUCUAGUGAUUGGUCAAUGCCAUUAAGUACUGAUGGUGAACGUCAAACGUCAUCAAAUAUCUUGAAUGAUACCAGUAUAAACUUGAGCAAUGUUUCAGGUGGUAACUUCGACAGACCAGAUUCGAGAGAGUCUACCACAAAAAGGUUAUUAUUACAAUGGAAACUACCUCCAUGCUGUUUAUCGACAGCAUGUUGCAUAGGAUUUAUUGUGGGUCUUUUAGCAGCUGGCAUAUUGCUAGCUGUGAUCAUUACAUUUUGGUUGACGUCAGGUUCUAAAUCAUUGACUACCAUAGUCACGAGUACAAAUAUGGUAACUGGUACGUUUCUACUUUUACAUUGCUCAUUAUAA